AUGACUGGAGUCUGGCGGCACGUGGGCGUGGUCGCAUGCCCCGCUCCGCGAGGAACGAGUGACGAGACGAAAGCCAACACCGACGAGACGAAAGCCAACACCGACGAGACAAAAGCCAACACCGACGAGACAAAAGCCAACACCGACGAGACAAAAGCCAACACCGACGAGACAAAAGCCAACACCGACGAGACAAAAGCCAACACCGACGAGACAAAAGCCAACACCGACGAGACAAAAGCCAACACCGACGAGACAAAAGCCAACACCGACGAGACAAAAGCCAACACCGACGAGACAAAAGCCAACACCGACGAGACAAAAGCCAACACCGACGAGACAAAAGCCAACACCGACGAGACAAAAGCCAACACCGACGAGACAAAAGCCAACACCGACGAGACAAAAGCCAACACCGACGAGACAAAAGCCAACACCGACGAGACAAAAGCCAACACCGACGAGACAAAAGCCAACACCGACGAGACAAAAGCCAACACCGACGAGACAAAAGCCAACACCGACGAGACAAAAGCCAACACCGACGAGACAAAAGCCAACACCGACGAGACAAAAGCCAACACCGACGAGACAAAAGCCAACACCCACGAGACAAAAGCCAACACCCACGAGACAAAAGCCAACACCGACGAGACAAAAGCCAACACCGACGAGACAAAAGCCAACACCGACGAGACAAAAGCCAACACCGACGAGACAAAAGCCAACACCGACGAGACAAAAGCCAACACCGACGAGACAAAAGCCAACACCGACGAGACAAAAGCCAACACCGACGAGACAAAAGCCAACACCGACGAGACAAAAGCCAACACCGACGAGACAAAAGCCAACACCGACGAGACAAAAGCCAACACCGACGAGACAAAAGCCAACACCGACGAGACAAAAGCCAACACCGACGAGACAAAAGCCAACACCGACGAGACAAAAGCCAACACCGACGAGACAAAAGCCAACACCGACGAGACAAAAGCCACCACCGACGAGACAAAAGCCACCACCGACGAGACAAAAGCCACCACCGACGAGACAAAAGCCACCACCGACGAGACAAAAGCCACCACCGACGAGACAAAAGCCACCACCGACGAGACAAAAGCCACCACCGACGAGACAAAAGCCACCACCGACGAGACAAAAGCCACCACCGACGAGACAAAAGCCACCACCGACGAGACAAAAGCCACCACCGACGAGACAAAAGCCACCACCGACGAGACAAAAGCCACCACCGACGAGACAAAAGCCACCACCGACGAGACAAAAGCCACCACCGACGAACCAAAAGCACCACCGACGAACCAAAAGCACCACCGACGAACCAAAAGCACCACCGACGAGACAAAAGCACCACCGACGAGACAAAAGCACCACCGACGAGACAAAAGCACCACCGACGAACCAAAAGCACCACCGACGAACCAAAAGCACCACCGACGAACCAAAAGCACCACCGACGAACCAAAAGCACCACCGACGAACCAAAAGCACCACCGACGAACCAAAAGCACCACCGACGAACCAAAAGCACCACCCACCACCGUCGAACCAAAAAGCACCACCGUCGAACCAAAAAGCACCACCGUCGAACCAAAAAGCACCACCGUCGAACCAAAAAGCACCACCGUCGAACCAAAAAGCACCACCGUCGAACCAAAAAGCACCACCGUCGAACCAAAAAGCACCACCGUCGCGACAAAAAGCACCACCGUCGCGACAAAAAGCACCACCGUCGCGACAAAAAGCACCACCGUCGCGACAAAAAGCACCACCGUCGCGACAAAAAGCACCACCGUCGCGACAAAAAGCACCACCGUCGCGACAAAAAGCACCACCGUCGCGACAAAAAGCAACACCGUCGCGACAAAAAGCAACACCGGCGCGACAAAAAGCAACACCGGCGCGACAAAAAGCAACACCGGCGCGACAAAAAGCAACACCGGCGCGACAAAAAGCAACACCGGCGCGACAAAAAGCAACACCGGCGCGACAAAAAGCAACACCGGCGAGACAAAAAGCAACACCGACGAGACAAAAAGCAACACCGACGAGACAAAAAGCAACACCGACGAGACAAAAAGCAACACCGACGAGACAAAAAGCAACACCGACGAGACAAAAAGCAACACCGACGAGACAAAAAGCAACACCGACGAGACAAAAAGCAACACCGACGAGACAAAAAGCAACACCGACGAGACAAAAAGCAACACCGACGAGACAAAAAGCAACACCGACGAGACAAAAAGCAACACCGACGAGACAAAAAGCAACACCGACGAGACAAAAAGCAACACCGACGAGACAAAAAGCAACACCGACGAGACAAAAAGCAACACCGACGAGACAAAAAGCAACACCGACGAGACAAAAAGCAACACCGACGAGACAAAAAGCAACACCGACGAGACAAAAAGCAACACCGACGAGACAAAAAGCAACACCGACGAGACAAAAAGCAACACCGACGAGACAAAAAGCAACACCGACGAGACAAAAAGCAACACCGACGAGACAAAAAGCAACACCGACGAGACAAAAAGCAACACCGACGAGACAAAAAGCAACACCGACGAGACAAAAAGCAACACCGACGAGACAAAAAGCAACACCGACGAGACAAAAAGCAACACCGACGAGACAAAAAGCAACACCGACGAGACAAAAAGCAACACCGACGAGACAAAAAGCAACACCGACGAGACAAAAAGCAACACCGACGAGACAAAAAGCAACACCGACGAGACAAAAAGCAACACCGACGAGACAAAAAGCAACACCGACGAGACAAAAAGCAACACCGACGAGACAAAAAGCAACACCGACGAGACAAAAAGCAACACCGACGAGACAAAAAGCAACACCGACGAGACAAAAAGCAACACCGACGAGACAAAAAGCAACACCGACGAGACAAAAAGCAACACCGACGAGACAAAAAGCAACACCGACGAGACAAAAAGCAACACCGACGAGACAAAAAGCAACACCGACGAGACAAAAAGCAACACCGACGAGACAAAAAGCAACACCGACGAGACAAAAAGCAACACCGACGAGACAAAAAGCAACACCGACGAGACAAAAAGCAACACCGACGAGACAAAAAGCAACACCGACGAGACAAAAAGCAACACCGACGAGACAAAAAGCAACACCGACGAGACAAAAAGCAACACCGACGAGACAAAAAGCAACACCGACGAGACAAAAAGCAACACCGACGAGACAAAAAGCAACACCGACGAGACAAAAAGCAACACCGACGAGACAAAAAGCAACACCGACGAGACAAAAAGCAACACCGACGAGACAAAAAGCAACACCGACGAGACAAAAAGCAACACCGACGAGACAAAAAGCAACACCGACGAGACAAAAAGCACCACCGACGAGACAAAAAGCACCACCGACGAGACAAAAAGCACCACCGACGAGACAAAAAGCACCACCGACGAGACAAAAAGCACCACCGACGAGACAAAAAGCACCACCGACGAGACAAAAAGCACCACCGACGAGACAAAAAGCACCACCGACGAGACAAAAAGCACCACCGACGAGACAAAAAGCACCACCGACGAGACAAAAAGCACCACCGACGAGACAAAAAGCACCACCGACGAGACAAAAAGCACCACCGACGAGACAAAAAGCACCACCGACGAGACAAAAAGCACCACCGACGAGACAAAAAGCACCACCGCCGAACCAAAAGCACCACCGCCGAACCAAAAGCACCACCGCCGAACCAAAAGCACCACCGCCGAACCAAAAGCACCACCGCCGAACCAAAAGCACCACCGCCGAACCAAAAGCACCACCGCCGAACCAAAAGCACCACCGCCGAACCAAAAGCACCACCGCCGAACCAAAAGCAACACCGCCGAACCAAAAGCAACACCGCCGAACCAAAACAACACCGGCGCAACAAAAGCAACACCGGCGCAACAAAAGCAACACCGGCGCAACAAAAGCAACACCGGCGCAACAAAAGCAACACCGGCGCAACAAAAGCAACACCGGCGCGACAAAAGCAACACCGGCGCGACAAAAGCAACACCGGCGCGACAAAAGCAACACCGGCGCGACAAAAGCAACACCGGCGCGACAAAAGCAACACCGGCGCGACAAAAGCAACACCGGCGCGACAAAAGCAACACCGACGCGACAAAAAGCAACACCGACGCGACAAAAAGCAACACCGACGCGACAAAAAGCAACACCGACGCGACAAAAAGCAACACCGACGCGACAAAAAGCAACACCGACGCGACAAAAAGCAACACCGACGAGACAAAAAGCAACACCGACGAGACAAAAAGCAACACCGACGAGACAAAAAGCAACACCGACGAGACAAAAAGCAACACCGACGAGACAAAAAGCAACACCGACGAGACAAAAAGCAACACCGACGAGACAAAAAGCAACACCGACGAGACAAAAAGCAACACCGACGAGACAAAAAGCAACACCGACGAGACAAAAAGCAACACCGACGAGACAAAAAGCAACACCGGCGAGACAAAAAGCAACACCGACGAGACAAAAAGCAACACCGACGAGACAAAAAGCAACACCGACGAGACAAAAAGCAACACCGACGAGACAAAAAGCAACACCGACGAGACAAAAAGCAACACCGACGAGACAAAAAGCAACACCGACGAGACAAAAAGCAACACCGACGAGACAAAAAGCAACACCGACGAGACAAAAAGCAACACCGACGAGACAAAAAGCAACACCGACGAGACAAAAAGCAACACCGACGAGACAAAAAGCAACACCGACGAGACAAAAAGCAACACCGACGAGACAAAAAGCAACACCGACGAGACAAAAAGCAACACCGACGAGACCAAAAGCAACACCGACGAGACCAAAAGCAACACCGACGAGACCAAAAGCAACACCGACGAGACCAAAAGCAACACCGACGAGACCAAAAGCAACACCGACGAGACCAAAAGCAACACCGACGAGACCAAAAGCAACACCGACGAGACCAAAAGCAACACCGACGAGACCAAAAGCAACACCGACGAGACCAAAAGCAACACCGACGAGACCAAAAGCAACACCGACGAGACCAAAAGCAACACCGACGAGACCAAAAGCAACACCGACGAGACCAAAAGCAACACCGACGAGACCAAAAGCAACACCGACGAGACCAAAAGCAACACCGACGAGACCAAAAGCAACACCGACGAGACCAAAAGCAACACCGACGAGACCAAAAGCAACACCGACGAGACCAAAAGCAACACCGACGAGACCAAAAGCAACACCGACGAGACCAAAACAACACCGACGAGACCAAAAGCAACACCGACGAGACCAAAAGCAACACCGACGAGACCAAAAGCAACACCGACGAGACCAAAAGCAACACCGACGAGACCAAAAGCAACACCGACGAGACCAAAAGCAACACCGACGAGACCAAAAGCAACACCGACGAGACCAAAAGCAACACCGACGAGACCAAAAGCAACACCGACGAGACCAAAAGCAACACCGACGAGACCAAAAGCAACACCGACGAGACCAAAAGCAACACCGACGAGACCAAAAGCAACACCGACGAGACAAAAGCAACACCGACGAGACAAAAGCAACACCGACGAGACAAAAGCAACACCGACGAGACAAAAGCAACACCGACGAGACAAAAGCAACACCGACGAGACAAAAGCAACACCGACGAGACAAAAGCAACACCGACGAGACAAAAGCAACACCGACGAGACAAAAGCAACACCGACGAGACAAAAGCAACACCGACGAGACAAAAGCAACACCGACGAGACAAAAGCAACACCGACGAGACAAAAGCAACACCGACGAGACAAAAGCAACACCGACGAGACGAAAGCAACACCGACGAGACAAAAGCAACACCGACGAGACAAAAGCAACACCGACGAGACAAAAGCAACACCGACGAGACAAAAGCAACACCGACGAGACAAAAGCAACACCGACGAGACAAAAGCAACACCGACGAGACAAAAGCAACACCGACGAGACAAAAGCAACACCGACGAGACAAAAGCAACACCGACGAGACAAAAGCAACACCGACGAGACAAAAGCAACACCGACGAGACAAAAGCAACACCGACGAGACAAAAGCAACACCGACGAGACAAAAGCAACACCGACGAGACAAAAGCAACACCGACGAGACAAAAGCAACACCGACGAGACAAAAGCAACACCGACGAGACAAAAGCAACACCGACGAGACAAAAGCAACACCGACGAGACAAAAGCAACACCGACGAGACAAAAGCAACACCGACGAGACAAAAGCAACACCGACGAGACAAAAGCAACACCGACGAGACAAAAGCAACACCGACGAGACAAAAGCAACACCGACGAGACAAAAGCAACACCGACGAGACAAAAGCAACACCGACGAGACAAAAGCAACACCGACGAGACAAAAGCAACACCGACGAGACAAAGCAACACCGACGAGACAAAGCAACACCGACGAGACAAAGCAACACCGACGAGACAAAGCAACACCGACGAGACAAAGCAACACCGACGAGACAAAAGCAACACCGACGAGACAAAAGCAACACCGACGAGACAAAAGCAACACCGACGAGACAAAAGCAACACCGACGAGACAAAAGCAACACCGACGAGACAAAAGCAACACCGACGAGACAAAAGCAACACCGACGAGACGAAAGCAACACCGACGAGACAAAAGCAACACCGACGAGACAAAAGCAACACCGACGAGACAAAAGCAACACCGACGAGACAAAAGCAACACCGACGAGACAAAAGCAACACCGACGAGACAAAAGCAACACCGACGAGACAAAAGCAACACCGACGAGACAAAAGCAACACCGACGAGACAAAAGCAACACCGACGAGACAAAAGCAACACCGACGAGACAAAAGCAACACCGACGAGACAAAAGCAACACCGACGAGACAAAAGCAACACCGACGAGACAAAAGCAACACCGACGAGACAAAAGCAACACCGACGAGACAAAAGCAACACCGACGAGACAAAAGCAACACCGACGAGACAAAAGCAACACCGACGAGACAAAAGCAACACCGACGAGACAAAAGCAACACCGACGAGACAAAGCAACACCGACGAGACAAAGCAACACCGACGAGACAAAGCAACACCGACGAGACAAAGCAACACCGACGAGACAAAGCAACACCGACGAGACAAAGCAACACCGACGAGACAAAGCAACACCGACGAGACAAAGCAACACCGACGAGACAAAGCAACACUGA